GAAAUGGUUGAGAAAAUUUUGUUUCCUUAAUACUCGACUUUUUUAAUCUAAUACACAGAGUUGACAAGGAAAUGGUUGAUAAAAAAGUGAAGUGGUUUUAAACCCGAUUCAAUCUACUUGGUUUAUUUUUUUUAACUUCCUUGAAUGGUUCUUUUUUUUCUUGAAGCGUAUUUUCGGUCUUUCCAUUUUCCCCUCACAAAAUUAGUUUUUUUAUAUUGGUUGUAAAGCCUUCAGCAUCCGUUCAAUUUCGUCAGUUGGUGAAUUGAAAACAUAUCCUGCUUACUUUCAUUAUUUUUCCUCUUCCAUUCACUACGACGUUACAAUGGGUCAAUGUGUUCCAUCAUUUGACAGUCAGAGAGACGAAAAGUUGAAGAGCAGAAAAACAGAGUUCAAAUAAAAAGAAAGUCUGGCAAUAGAUCUGAUGAUGGAUUGCCUGGACAAGCUUUUCCCAUAUCUGCCCAAUAUAACAUGGACGCUCACCACGGUGCUUCUUCCUCUAUCGGGACUGUUUGGAAUUCUUCUCAACCUACUGGCUGUGGUGCUAGUUCUGGCCUCUAAAGUGGACAGCAGUUUCCACGUGUUCGCACUGCUAAUCCCACUCUCCAACAUACCCCCAAUUAUGGCUAUGUUCUUGCUUUACAAAGGUGUAAUCUGCGUGGAAAUCAGAUCUGACUUCUCCGCGCAACUGAACUUGUUUCUGAUCCACUGGACCAUUCUGGCUUCCCACUUCCUACUAAUCACCUUCAUAGGGGACAGAGCCCUCUCUCUCCGUUUCCCAGUGUACCACGGAGUCAGUCUCAACCAGGACCUCAAGUACCCAAUCAAGGCAGCGGCCAUCUGCUAUGCAAUCACGGGGUGUCUGUGCACAACUGACUUUGUCUUCUUCGGAUACCACCCUCUCAACAAACGAGUCUGGUUCAGCAACGUCGUCAGGGGCACCAGACUGGAGAGAUUCUACUCAAUCUACGCAGUGCUUUUGUUCGCUCUAGUUCCAUUGAUCGCUUUCAUUUUCUUUCAAGUGUACAUCAGAAAGAAACGGCGACAGAAACUUCGUCGUAACCAGAUUGAAAACGAACACGAAGAAACUGUCAUGUCUCAAAUCGGGGCUCUAUCCGGGAGCUACAACCUGCUCAUAAUCUGCAGUCGUUUCUUCACGGGAACCCAUGGCUAUCUUCACUUUCUCGAACCGAGAUUGGAAGACGACUUCAACUACAAUAUGCUGUCUGUUUUUAGCUUACAUAUGUCUAAAUUUUUACUUGCCAUCUAUUUCUCGCUCACUUUUUUCAUCUACGCCCGAAGCGAAAGUUUAUUCCGAGAACAAUUCACAGAAAUUAUAAAAUGUGUUCGCAAACGAAGGAAAAAAGUGCCAGAAACAGAUAAUUCGGAAUCUUUGCUCACACAGCCGAAAGACAGCGAGUGUCAAGUUAGACGAUCUUUGAAGGUGCUAUUUAAACUAGAAGAUCGGCCAACUGGGAAGGCGUCUAGAAGAACGCGGAAAGUUAACCUGCAUGCAAGAACUGACACUGAAGUUGUGUGAAAAAAUGCCAAAUUUUGUCAAUAAAUUAAUUAAAAGUGUCAUCAUGUAUUCGCAAAUUAUUUAGUAAGUAGGGCGGAUCUAAGAUUU